UGCUAGAGUGACAGAAGGACGCCAGCCCUGAUCCAGCUUAGCAAACAAAUCGUCCACUCUCCACGCCAUAGGAAAUUGUCUCGAAUCGGAAUAACGUUAAGCACAGCUUGCGAAAAAUGGAGGUGACCAUGGAUCCGUUGUUUCUCGCUUGGAGUUAUUUUAGGAGACGGAAAUUCCAGAAAUGUUCAGACAUAUGCACAAAGGUCCUGGGGGACAGUCCAUAUGACCAGGAGUCUGAUUCUGCUCUACCUAUCUCUGAGGCAGCAUGGAGCUUAAAGACACGGGCCCUGACUGAGAUGGUGUAUAUAGAUGAAGUGGAUGUAGAUCAUGAAGGCAUUGCUGAAAUGAUGCUGGAUGAGAGUUCCAUUGCCCAAGUUGCUAGGCCAGGAACAUCUUUGAGGUUGCCAGGGACAAGCCAAGGAGGAGGCCCCAGCCCAGCUGUCAGGCCCAUGACCCAGUCUGGUCGGCCCAUUACUGGCUUUGUGAGGCCCAGCACACAGUCAGGAAGACCAGGCACUAUGGAGCAAGCCAUCAAGACCCCACGAACUGCCCACACAGCUCGUCCAGUCACAAGUUCAUCUGGGAGAUUUGUUAGACUUGGAACGGCAUCCAUGCUAACCAAUCUAGAUGGGCCAUUUAUUAACCUGUCCAGGCUCAACCUUACGAAAUAUGCUCAAAAACCAAAUAUGUCCAAGACCCUGUUUGAUUUUAUUUUCCAUCAUGAGAAUGAUGUAAAAAAUGCCCUGGAUUUUGCUGCCCUUGCCACUGAGCAUGCUCAGUUUAAGGAUUGGUGGUGGAAGGUCCAACUUGGUAAAUGCUACUACAGGCUGGGUUUACAUCGGGAAGCUGAAAAACAGUUUCGAUCCGCCCUCAAUCACCAGGAGAUGGUUGACACAUACCUAUACUUAGCAAAGGUGUACCAGCGCCUAGACCAGCCCAUAACAGCCCUAAACCUCUUUAAACAAGGUCUUGAUCACUUCCCUGGAGAGGCUACUCUGCUAACGGGAAUUGCACGCAUUCAUGAAGAGAUGAAUAACAUCACAUCUGCAACUGAGUACUAUAAAGAUGUCUUAAAACAGGACAACACACAUGUGGAGGCCAUUGCCUGUAUAGGCAGCAACCACUUUUACACAGACCAGUCUGAGAUCGCCCUGCGCUUUUACAGACGGCUGUUACAGAUGGGUGUGUACAACUGCCAGUUGUAUAACAACCUGGGCCUCUGUUGUUUCUAUGCACAACAGUACGACAUGACAUUGUCGUCUUUUGAACGAGCCCUUGCACUAGUGUCUAGUGAUGAAGAGCAAGCUGACGUCUGGUACAACUUGGGCCAUGUGGCAGUGGGAAUAGGUGAUUUGACACUAGCAUAUCAGUGUUUCAAGCUAGCUUUAGCUUUCAAUAAUGAUCAUGCUGAGGCCUACAAUAAUCUGGCGGUGCUAGAGCUACGAAAAGGUCGCAUUGAGCAGUCCAAAGCUUUCCUUCAAACCGCAGCAUCACUGGCACCACAUAUCUAUGAGCCACACUACAAUUUGGCGACUUUAGCUGAAAAGAUUGGUGAUCUCCAGAGCAGCUACGCAGCAGCACAAAAAGCCGAAGACGCUUUCCCUGAGCAUGUGGAUACCCAGCAGAUCCUUAAGAGCCUCAGGCAACAUUUUGCAGAAUUGUGACCGUAUGAACAUGUUGUAAUUAUGCUGCUUUACAGCAUAUAGUCAUACAUAAAAUACAUUAUAGUUAUAUGGCCGUGGUUAUCUCUCUGAAUCACUACUCAAUUUGAAAACAAAUUGUGAAAUCCUUCUUAAAGCAUAUUUAGCCUGUUGACAUGAAUGACAUACUUGAACAUUUUGAUCAGAUGGCAUAGUAAAUGGCAUUGAUUAUUUCAAAAUAAGGUGUAGAGAUUGACAUACCAGUGGUUGAUGCUAAGAAUGGCCUGUACUCCAAAACAGGGCUGUCUUUGUGAACUAUGACAUACCCUUACUGACUGAACAGGUUAGGGUUGUGUGUGCAAGAUCUAAGUGAAUAGGAGGAGUGAGAUAUGUGUAUAAUCAUUAAAUAAAUAUUGGCAGUCUAUAACAA